CGGCCAAACCCGGACUGCACGGAGCGCUCACACGCCCAGCCCCGGGUCACGGUGCGGCGGAGCCAGACUCACUCAUCACCCGGGUCUUCCGCUCCGUCUUCCCGGCCCUUUGCAUCAGCUCCCCGGGGCGGUGCCCGCCCGAGCAGCACAGCCCGGCGAGGGCGACCCUGCCGGGACACCCCCGGCUCCCGCACGGGCGGGCAGGGCGACUACACGCCCCAGGCAGCCCGGCCGGGAGGCAGGGCGAGAGCGACGUGGCGCUGCGCGGCCCCGCUCCCGCCGCCGGACCCCGCUCCGCCCGCACCCGCGCCCGCCGCCGCGGAGCGCCGAGGCUCAGCCCCAGCAUGGGUCGAGCAUUGCUAGUCCUCCUCUUGUCUGCAACAGUCUCUCUCCUAGGUGGGCUGAUAUUUGGAUACGAGCUAGGGAUUAUCUCUGGUGCACUGCUGCAGUUACAGACAGACUUUCACCUCAGCUGCUUCAAGCAAGAAAUUCUCGUGAGCGCCCUCCUUAUCGGAGCUCUCCUCGCCUCUCUGGUUGGGGGGAUCCUCAUUGACCUCUAUGGACGGAGGAGAGCAAUACUGGUCAGCAACUUGGUCCUGUUGGUUGGCAACCUUAUUCUCACAUUGGCAAGGUCAUUUAUUGGGCUGGUCAUUGGGCGCAUGACCGUGGGCUUUGCCAUCUCUGUCUCAUCCAUGGCCUGCUGCAUCUAUGUCUCGGAAAUGGUGGCUGCUCAUCGGCGAGGGUUGCUGGUGUCUCUCUACGAAGCGGGCAUCACCGUAGGCAUCCUCCUGUCCUAUGCGCUGAAUUACACCUUUGCGGACGCCGAUGAGGGAUGGAGGUACAUGUUUGGACUGGCCAUUGUGCCCGCGGCCAUGCAGUUCCUCAGCAUCCUCUUUCUCCCUGUGAACCCUGUUAAAUUAGGCUCGUGGGACUCUGACUGCCAGAAGGGCCUCAUUCAAUUGCAGAACACUGAGGACAGAGAGAAGGCAAAGCAGGAGCCCUAUAAAGAGAAGCAUUACUCAUUUCUUGACCUUUUCAGGGCCAAAGACAGCAUGAGAAGGCGGACUCUGGUGGGCCUGGGACUGGUGCUCUUCCAGCAGUUCACUGGGCAGCCCAACGUGUUGGGCUAUGCUUCCAAAAUCUUCCACUCGGUGGGGUUCCAGAGCAACUCCUCAGCAAUCCUGGCCUCUGUUGGGCUGGGGGCAAUAAAGGUGGUGGCCACACUUGUCGCGAUGGCCUUUGCAGACAAGGCUGGCAGGAGGGUGCUCCUCAUGGCUGGCUGUGUGGUGAUGGCCAUCUCUGUCACCACCAUUGGCCUCACCAGCCGCAUUGCUCCGCUGGCCGUGUCCAGGGACUGCAGGGCAGCCACGAUCCCCAAUGCGUCCCACAGCCUCAUCCAGCACCCCCUGACACCCCUAUCCUCCCAGCCUGUUGUGUCACCCAUCCCCCCAGCAUUAGAUGCUGUAAAAAGUCAGGCAGGCCCUGGUUUUGUUGCCGUGAGGAGCCUUACAAAAGUUUUUGCCAUUAGUCAAAGCAGAGAGAUUGUUUCCGAUUCUUCUCUCACUCAGAAAAGAGACUUGGUAGGUCAGUCCAAAAAAGAGACAGCGAGAAGCACCGGCCCUCCUUUCAGUGGUGCUCCCUGGACGGAACAUAUGGGUUUAAAUUGGAUUACGCUACUGAGCAUGAUGACUUUCGUGAGUGCCUUCUCAAUUGGAUUUGGACCAAUGACCUGGCUGGUCCUCAGCGAGAUCUAUCCUGCUGGGAUCAGAGGAAGAGCCUUUGCCUUCUGUAACAGCUUUAACUGGGCUGCUAAUUUACUGAUGAGCCUCUCCUUCCUGGACCUCCUUGAUGCCAUUGGUUUCUCCUGGAUGUUUCUUCUCUAUGGACUGAUGGGAGUGUUGGCUGUUAUAUUCAUUUACAUUUUUGUGCCAGAAACAAAAGGACAAUCCUUAGAGGAGAUAGACCAGCAGUUCUCCAGGAAAAGUGAUUUUUUCCUGUCAGCUAAAGCCUUCAUAUUAACUGCAUUUUCCUGGAGAACCAGACACAUGUUUUGGUAAACCUAGCAAUGGAAUGCAAACUUAUUGAUAAGCACAGAUGGACAUCUCGCAAGAGGGGCGACGAGAAACAAGAGACCAAGAAACUGACCAACUGUGUAUAACAUUCCAUUCACGUGAAUACUUCAUAUAAAAGUGGGAGAUCACGAGGAUCUCGUGUGCUUUUUGCUUUUCCCUUUUCCCUUCUGCUUAUGGCCGACAUUAGGAGAGGACCUUGCUAGUCGUCCCUGCGAACUGAGGCCUACUGAGAGACUGAAUCCAGCUCCGGUUGGCUGCAGAGUCUAAUCCAGGACUUCGGGUGCCGGCUCUGCAGUUGCUGAGACUUUCAAGAUUGGUUUUGUAUAUUUUGUAUUAUUUUCUCUAUUCUUAUUAGUAGCAUUAG